AUGGAACUGCCGACAUCGUCUUUGCGAGGUUUUCACGAAGACAUUAAUCGUCCUUGGUCUCCGGAGCGAGCUACUGUGAAUACCUCUCUCUCGCCGCUCUCUGUCUCCUCGCACUCUGCGUUGGAGCUCAGCCCUCGCUCUUCUUCUUCAGUGUCCAACUCGUCUCACUCUUCUCCCUGGUUGCAGCAGAUCCCACUCUCGAACCCUGCUCCAUCGUCGUACAUGCUGCAACAUUCAGUCCCGCCCCCGCCUCAUACUGGCGAUACCUCGGGGCAGCACGGCCCCGUUUCGUCUUUGCCGAGCAAUGAAUGGGGGAACGUGUUUUCCUCGCCGCUGGAUCCUUCCACAUUUGCCGCUCUCGCUGCAUCUGGCGUCUUGGGCCCCCCAACUUCUGGAGUACCGUCCAGUCUGCCCGCCCGAUCUACGCGCUCACCUCAUGACUAUCCGAUCAACCCUCGAGUGCCGCCGCCGCUCAACACCAAAGACAUUGGCCGUCCUGCAAUCAACCAGAAUCUCCAUGCCCCAUGGUCGAACGUGCCCUCGCCGUAUUCGUCUACGCCCUCGUCAUCUCAGCGGGCUUCCCCCCUUCAUUUUCGACCUGGCUCUGGUAGCAUACCUUACGGCAAGCGCAAGUAUCCCAUCAUUAGUCCCCCCCCAGAGACCACCCUUGGUCAACAGAUACCCCAAUCGGAUCUCCCUGGCCCCAGCGGCCAAUUUGACGUACCCCUUGGUCCUGCUGGCGAGGGCCGCCUCGACAGUUUUUCCUCGUCUUUCUCGCAUCAUUCAUCGUCUGUCGAUGUGGGGUCGAACUUACAUUUUCAGCAUGAACGUCAUAACAUAACACUACCCCCAUCCUUAUGGAUGUCGCCUACUUCCGUUACGUCGCAAUCAAGCCUUAAUGGUCCCUCGUACCCGCAGCUGUCCGAGCUCUCGAUGUCCCGGCAUGGAUCAAUAACAGAUUCCCUGUCGGGAUCUACGCACAGCCCGACGAACUUAUCUUUAUACGGUGAUUCUACGAAAUCCACUGCUCCUACGUCUGCAAGUAGCCCGAAGGGGCGCAUGUUUACAGGUUUGUUCACAGAAGAACUCUUUUCCGGAAACUCUCCACUAGAGAACCCUGGACCCCACAAUUUCCCCUCUCCUCGCCUCUCUGGUUCUCCCGAUCUUAAAUCCAUUGAGUUAGCCAUGGCGGACGCAGAUCCCGAGAAGCUGGCAAAGGAAGAUCCUCUGGCAACCCAGGUUUGGAAGAUGUACGCUCGAACGAAAGCCACAAUGCCUCAUGCGCAACGGAUGGAGAACAUCACGUGGCGCAUGAUGGCUUUGGCGUUGAAGAAGAAGAAAGAAGACGAGGACAGGGCGAAGGGGGGCGACCUGCAGUCUGAAGGCCAGGUGGACGGCCAACCUUCUGAUCCCACGCAGUUGUCCUCAGAUGACAUCCUCAAGGAAGAGCAGACCGAGAGAGGUAGGACCUUUGACAAGGGAAAAGGCAAGGUCAAAGUCGUCGGUUUUGACGGCACAAAUCAAGAUGGAACAGACGAGAACGACGUGGUGCCGAUGGACUGGCGGGCUAUGAGCAGGUCUCGGUCUCGAGUCCCUAUGGAUUGGCGCCCGGCAAGCCGUUCGCGGUCAAGACCGCCAUUGCCUGGAGUCCUAUCUGAUCUUGGAUCCUUGAAAUUCCCGUCGUCUUCGCCGCCCAAGGGACUCUCGUCGUCACCAGGACUUCCCAUACCUGGCUCCUCGUCUCUUGCGGGCCGCCGCAGUCCACGCCAAGGAUUGUCCGCCGUGCUCGAGUCUGACACGCGUGGGCCCCUGGGACAUAUCGACCCCCUCUCGGCCCUGAGCAGUCCCACCAAUCAUCCAUCUUCUCUUCCAUCAUUUGGUCUCCACGGGCUGCAAAGGCUUGCGGCAUCGACUGUCCCCUCGCCCGAGCAACGCACAUUCCCAAGGCACGUCAGGAAAACGAGCUUCGAUCACACCGUAGCCAGAGAAGGCAUAUUCACAGGGCGUCGUGCCGAUGCGCCGCAUGCGGAUUGCAUGCUGCGCGGAGAUCCAUCCGCUAUGUCUCAUUCCGAACACAUCGACGCGCAAGACGUGGACCACAUGCGACGGGGCAGUCCCUUCCCUUCCUCGUCAUUCAACUUCACUUUCCCUCCUUACGACUCAUUCUUUGAUUUGCCUGGAGCCAACACCCUCCCACCACCGUCCCUGCCUUCCUCCUUGUCCUCGGCAAAGGACAUCCGGUCUCCCGAGGCGGCUUUCCACGACUCCCUGCGUUCUUCGCUGAAUGGGAGCUCAUACUCUGUUGGCCCUGGCAGCGAGGGUCUUUCUGCGGCAGCGGCCGCCGCGUCCGCAGCUGUAGCAGAUGGUUACGCUCAACUGAACGUGGGCAAUCUAGGUCUCGAUGACCAGCCGCUUGAUUAUACCAACUUGGUCGGAAUGAUGUACCCGCUCGACGGCUCCUCCGGAAUGGGACCAAUCACGCACGUCGAUCCCCACCAGAUACUCCCGGUGGAACACCAGGAGGGUCCGUUUGGGAUCUUCCACCCUAGUCCCUCGAGCGAUGGAUGGGGCAACGGUGCAAGCUCAAACGCCUCACCAGAACCGUACACCUCGAACGCUUCUACGCCGCCUUCUGCGGAGAACGGCGCGGCGGCUAGGAAUCCAGCACGCAAGAUUGCAUCUUCCAAGCGCGUCUCUCAAGACACGCGGGCAGGCGGCUCGCGGAAGACUCCUGAGGCAUCUACCUCCGGGAGAAACGCCAGCGACGACGGCGACCAGAAUCCGACGGUGUGCACGAAUUGUCAGACCACCAACACACCACUCUGGCGAAGGGACCCUGAGGGCCAGCCUCUAUGUAACGCCUGUGGUUUGUUCUACAAACUACAUGGUGUUGUCCGCCCAUUGUCGCUCAAGACAGAUGUCAUCAAGAAACGGAAUCGGGCGUCCGGCACACCGCACAGCGCUUCGCGCAAGGGUGCUUCGGCUCUACCAAAGAUCACGUCGUCAGCGACCAGGCCGCGGGCGGCAACCACUAGCUCGAUGCCGUCGGGUCUUCACAACGCGCGACUGUCUCCCACGAAUCGCAUGGGCGCAGGCGGUAAUGCGUCCAUGAAACGCCAGCGCCGGACUUCAACGAGUAUCACGCAAUCAUCCAGCCGUAAGACAGGGGACGACGGCGUUGGUAUCUAGUAUCUCAUCUACUGCGAAGCCUCGCCUUCACGCGUCUUGUUUCUGUCUGUGACAUACACCCUAUAUGCUGUAUUUUUGCUUAGAUCUUGUAGCGGUCUGCUCGAGUUCUGACCCCGAUUCCCUGCAUAUGUUACCAUGAUUUGCCUUCACGAGGGUAUGUUUGUACGACCACGAUAGGUAGACUUCAUAGAUUAUUGUCAUAACAGCUGAUUGUUUUUCCUGCUG